AAAUAGUAAAAACAGUAAAUAAAUACUAGUAAAUAAAUCUAUAUAUCUAGUAAAUACUUUGGUAAAUCGUAUUCUAAUAAACACCAAUAAAAUACCAAACUGUAGUACAUACACUAUUUAUUACAAAAAUUAAUAAUCAAUGUUAAACAAAUAAUUAUUACAUCAAAGAGUAGUUAUUUAUUUAGGUAUAUUCAAAAAAAAUCGUCAAAAAUUUUGCUACUACUAGACCUGUUUUUUCAUUAAAUAAAUUAAUUAUAGGUAUAAUUAAAGAAUACAACUAGUUAACUAUAGGUAUAUUAUCGAUUUUAAUUAAUAAACUAAAAAAAUACAAUUUUGCUGGUUAAAAAAUUCAACUGUUGAUCUCCAUUAUACUAAUUAUUUUUUUUACCCGACAAUUGUUAUCUGAUACUGUCUGAUACGUCAAAAAUUAUCAACAUACCUAAUAAUAUUUACGAUAACUGACUUGUCAUUUGCCACACUGUCACAUUAAGUACGUCGAAGAAAAAAACCAAAAUAAUGAGUGAUAAUAUAAAAAAACAAGAAGAACGAAAUGCAAUUGUACGUAAAAAAAUGUUGGAUUUACAUGAUGUAAAAGUUGUUGCAAUGCCAAGUGAUUCACCCUGGUUACGUCCAGUAAGAUUAACAUUCACACAAGAUGGUAAAAAAAAAAAUUGGGAUGUUGCACGUAUUCAUGAUAGUGUUGCAAUAAUUGUAUUUAACAAAAGUAGAAAAACACUUGUUUUUGUACGCCAAUUUCGUCCAGCAGUAUAUAAUGCAAUGCUACCUGAAAAAUAUCAAAAUGUUGAUACUAAUAUAUAUCGACCAGAGAAUGGUUUAUCAGUUGAACUUUGUGCUGGUAUUGUUGAUAAAGAUUUGCCAAUCAUAGAAAUUGCUAGAGAUGAAUUAAAAGAAGAAUGUGGCUAUGAGGCACCAGCUGAAUCAUUUGAAAAAGUCAUAACUUACAGAUCGAUUGCUGCUACAUGUGGACGACACACAAUGUAUUACGUUGAAGUUACUGAUGACAUGAAAAUACAUCCUGGAGGUGGUGACGAGUCAGAGGGAGAACUUAUUGAAGUUGUUGAAAUGACAAUACCAGAAGCAAAAGCUUAUAUAUCAUCUGAAGAAGUUUUAAGUCCACCAGCAUUUCUCUAUGGUGUAACUUGGUUUUUAGCCAACAAAAUUAAUAGUUAUUCAUAAAAAAUUAUUAUGUUAUUAUUAUUUAAUUUAAUAAUUUAUUUACAAUAAAAACGAGAAACAGAGAUAAAAUUUAUAUAAUUAUUUACACAAGAUGAUAUAAAUAAUAAGCUUAUUGUUCAGAUUCAUCUUUUGUAAAUUGUGAACUGACCCAAGCAAGGCCCCAUUUUAAAUUUGUUAACAAAAAUUUAAGUGCCUUUGUCCAUUGUUCUUCAGAAUUAAAUUGAAUUCUGUAAAUAAAAAUAAUAAAAUAUUAAA